UUGUUUCCUAUUCAUGAACGCCGGGUUUUCCUGUUAACGUUGUUUACACCGCAGAGAGUAAUUCCAGGCCUUCCAAAGCUUCCUAAAUUCCCUGAAAAAUGACAGGCUGUUGUGCCUUUGGGUGCACAAAUCGGUCAAAGAAGGGAUUCCACAUGUUUAGGUUUCCCUGUGAUCCUGAAAGAAGGAAACUGUGGGAAAAUAAAGUCCGGAGUGUGGGAUGGAAACCGACUUCAUCAUCGUUGUUUUUGUGCCAGAGGAAAGUAAUGAGAACCCGAUCAGGUUCACCUCCAAUUCAUGUGCACAUCAAUGAUGCCACACCUGUACAUGUACAUGUGAAGAGCCAGGGAGCAAGUCCUGCCAGGACAUUUAAGGAGAAGACUAAAGUCGACAGAGGACAUCUUCGUCCAACAGCUAAGGUCAAAACUCGUGCACCGUGGAUACCACCAGGAAAGAUCUCCAUACGGGACGCUUCAUACAAGUGGGAGGGACCGACACACUGUCUUGAGAUAACCCCACCGCUGGCUGAAAUGGAACCUGAGCAGUCCCAGUCUGUGCUGCGAUUGGCUGACCUUACAUCAGAGGAAGAGGAAGGCUUACACGGACGAAUUAGCCAGUAUGAAAGAAAGAUCGACACUUUACUGACUGAAGUCAGCUCUUUGAAAAAUGAGGUGGAACUGCGGAAGAAGGAGCAGCUGCUAGAGCGCCAGUCAGAGCAGCUGAGUGUCUCCCAGCAGGUGAUUGCUGAACAGGAGGAGGAACUGGCUGAGGUGACCAAGGAGCUGGAGGAGACAGAGCGGGAGAACGCACGAUUACGCCAGUCCAUGGAAAAGAUGCUGGAAGAGACAGAUUAUAACAGACUACACAGGGACAGCAUGCAACAGGACGAAGAUGCUCUCCUCAGGAAACUGAUGGAGGCUGAGGUGGAUGGAGCAGCAGCUGCCAAGCAGGUGUCAGCCCUGCGAGAGUCUGUUUCCAAACUGUGUGGUGUUGACAGUACUAAGCUGUCUGGAGCCGAGUCUUCAGUCUUGGCCCGUCAGAAGGAGCUGUUGUUUCAAAAAUUGGAGGCAUUUGAGUCCACAAACCGAACACUGAGACACCUUCUCAGAGAGCAGCAUGGAUCCCAGCAGAUGGAGUCAAUCCGACUGUCUGAGCAGAAGAACACUUUGCUGAAGAGGCUGGCAAACACAGAGGCAGAAAAUGCUCAUCUUGUGGUGAAACUUCAAGAGAAGGACAGAGAGGUUAAUCAACUCUCCAAACUUUUAGAUAAUGAGAAGGACAGUGCCAAGGGCACAGCUGAUUUAUCUAAGAGUCUGGAGUCAGCAAGAGCUCAUUUACAACGACAGCUACGCAGCAAAGAAGCUGACAACAACCGACUUACUGUACAGAUAAAGAACCUGGAACGGGCAGCCAACCAACAGAAAGCGGAGAUGAAGCAUCUGAAAGAGCAGCUGAUGAGACUGAAGCAUCAGGCCACCGCAGACCGAGAGGCACUGAAACGAGCCACGCGAGCCCAGAAACAGCGAGCUGAACGUAGUGAGGACACAGCAGGCCAGCUGAGCAUCCAGCUGCUGGACAUGGAGAAGCAGGUGGCAAAUGCCCUGUCAGCAGCUGAGACUUGGCAAAGUUGCUAUGCACAAGAAGUUAAAGACAAGGGUAAACUGGAAAUCAAACUGACACUGUUAAACAGCCGUAUAACAGAGCUGGCCGAGCAGCUACAGAGUACUGAGGAUAAAGGCAGAGCAGAGAGAGAAGCACUGCUGGAUCACCUGCAUGGAUUGACCACAGAGAGCACAGCUGCCAAACUGGAGAAUCAGUCCCUCAAGGCUACAGCAUCUGCAGUGGAGGAGAAACUGACCUUGUCUCAGUCAGAGCUCCAGCAGGUCAAAGCCUCCAUCAAACAAUAUGAAAGUCUGCUGGACAGCUAUAAGUUGCAGGUUGGAAAAACCCGGGCAGAGGCAGAUGAGUACUGUGCUCAGCUGGCUCAAGCAGAGCGGGAGGCCCAGGUGGUGAGGGAGGAGCUGGAGCAGGAGAUAGAGGAGGUGCGCAGGGAACUUCUAGGACGACUGGCAGAGCUGGAGCCUCUUCCUGAAGCCUUACAACGUUCCCAACUCCUGCUGCAGGAGGCUCAGGACAGGGAGCGCAGCCAGGAGAGGCGUAGCAUGGAGCUCAGCACAACUCUGACUGAUGUCCGCAUGAAGGUGGAAACCCAGGGCGGCCAAAUGGACCUUCUUAGGCAGAAAAACAAGGUGCUGCUGGAGGAGAACAGGCAGCUGCAGCAGCGAGUGGAGAGUUUGGAAAGAAAAUUGGAGGAGGCUGGCUCUCAGAACAUUGACCUGCUAGCAGUCAUUGCCAAACGGGAAGAAACAAUCCAUAGCAAUCAACUCCAUCUGGAAGAAAAAACAAGGGAAUGCUCCUUACUGAGCCAAAAGCUGGAGGAGGCUUUAGAUGAUGCUCGCCAACAGAUGUUAGAGACCAGAGAACGUGCAGCACCCAAAGAGCGCUCCAUUCAGUCUAAGAUAUUGGACCUAGAGACCCAACUUAGCAGGACUACCUCAGAAAUCAACCAACUGAGACACAGCAAAGAGGAGGUGGAGAGGCGACACCAGAGCCGACUUCAGGACUUGAAGGAUCGCCUGGAGCAGUCAGACAGCACCAACCGAAGCCUGCAGAAUUACGUCCAGUUCCUCAAAGCCUCUUACGCCAACGCAUUUGGAGAUGUAGCUCUCAGUAGCUCACUGCGAACCCCUUCACCCAUCUGAUAGCAAAUAAUGGACUGGAAAGAAAAAAUGAAAUUUUAAUCCUUUUUGAAAUAAUAACAACCUUAAAUAUAGAAUUCUAACAACAUCCUGUUUACCCUGCCUCCCACCACUCUCACUGAGCAUUAGAGCUGUCCAAUAGACAGUAAGCAUCUAAUUUAUUAACCUCCUGAACUUAAAGCAGUUUUUGGCUGUUCUGCUGCUGUUACAUUUUUACUCACUGUGGGCUCAUUUUCACUUCAUUAUAAGGUCCUCCACCUCACUGAAAACUGCACAACUAUGGCUAGACAUAGAGCGAACUCAAACAUAGUCAUGUGUGCAGAAAAACAUACGUAUAAAGCCAUAAAUAAUUAAACAGAAAUCAACAUAUUCACAAUUUUCCAACUGCCUAUAGGUGUUAGCAGUACUGGAAAAAUAGUUUUCAGCCUCUGCAAAACUUUUUCACAGCACUUUGCACAUCAAGUCCACAAAGAUAAGUCACCAUGCUGAAUGUGUCUUCCAGCAACCCACUGACAACUUGCUCUUCAGUGUACUGUUUUUCAGCCAUACUGUAAUUAUUUUAUUAAUAAAAUAUGUUUUAUGUUUCUUUCACUAUCUUAAUUUGUGAGAGAGGAGACAUGCUUGUCUACUCUACUGAGUAAUCACAGCCUGCUGGCAGACUUUGGGGCUCAGAUGCUUAUAAGAUGCUAUAAUUACACGAAUACUGUACUUGCAGUACAUUUGUUCUGGUUUAUUGGGAAUUCAUUGUUUGAACUUUGAAGUGAAAAAUCCUUGUGUGCAUUUCUAAUUUUUAUAAGAGCUAUUGUUUCUCUUAGAAUCUUUGCAGAUGUAAUGUUGUCUUCAGCAAUAUAUUGUUUGAUAUGGAAGGCUGUUUGUAUUUUUCAUGCCAAAACUAUAAAGAACAGCUAUUUUUGAUCUCGGCUUCAUGACAAACCUGAUGUUUAUCAGCAAAAUAAACAGAAUUGCGCUGUAUUUUUAUGGCUAUAUACUAAAAUGAUUCACUUCUUUUCCAAAAUUAUAGAAAUUUAGAGUCAAGCCAUCCACGAAGAACUUAAAUGUAACUAUAUUUGUUUGUAUGGACCUGAAAACUUUGGUGCUAUCACUGUCCUUUAGCUGGUUCAAGGCAGUGUGUGUCAAAAUUAUUAUUUUAGGUUUACAGUUACACAUACUACUUUGGUAGAAUCUGUAUAGUUGUGUUAUAGAAUAUUUAAUAAUGGAAUGAUUUCUAUGUACUAUUCUACUUUAAAGCAGAAAUAAAUGUAAUGUUUUUUUCACCAAAUUCAAACUGACUGAACAUGAAUAUCACACAUCAAUGUCUUCUUUUGUUUGUGUCAUAUAGUAUUAAACUGUCACACCACAUUUGUGGACUUAUGUUGGUCAAUUGAUAAAUAAAUGAUUCAGUCUGUGGGCCUGA